GGCUACCAAGAAGUAUACCAAUAUAUCUCUAUUUACUUUGCUUCCCUACAGUCAUGGCUAAGCAGUUCGGCGUCUUGUUCUGCCUGGCUCUCCUAGCCUUUGGGCUUCCGGUCUUCGCCGUCGUCGACAAAUGGACCCCUGCCGGGUUUGAUUGGAGUAUCCAUGAUCCGGGCUCGCCAGACACCUGGAAUGGUCUCUUCCACAACCUCAGCGACCCCUCUGUUGCAGUCAGCAAGGAGGUCAUGGCUCUGGGCCAGACGCGCAAAGCCGAGGACGGCACGGUGGCUCUUGCCAUUCCGUUCUUCCUUGGCGUGGCAUACCAGGUGUUCAACCUCGCUCUGACCGGCAUCGGUCUUGCUGGCACCAUCAAAGGCUGCGUCCAGAAUGAGGGAGAGACGGACAAUAUUUUGUUCUGCGUCGGCGGUCUGAUCAGCACCAUCAUCGGUGUUGGCGGCAUCGCGUCGGCCGCGAAGAACCUUGCCAAGUCCCGCGGCUAUCUUGGGGUUGCUGCGAAUGCCUGGGACAACUCUGGCUUGGAGAGCAUCGCACUCAACGUGUUUGAUAAGCGAGGCAUCGAGGGCGCAGAAGCCAUCAGGCAGAAGGCGCACAACCACUUCGUGUACCGGGCCUUGAGCAGCCUGGCUGAUGGCGAGUUGGAGUUCGCCGGCUACGCCCCCGACAACCACAAGCUGGCCAGGAGGGCAUCGACGGAGCACCCGCUUGCGCCCAUGUUCCGGUUCAGACACAAGAAGUACGGCAGGAUGGAGAUGACAUCCCGCGACACGGGCGACAACGGGAUGCACUUCACCAUAUCGUACGAGGGACACGCGACCCACCUCGCCAGCAAGGAGAAGCGUGACGAGUUCUACCAGCACGAGCGGCUGUCGUCCGGGCUGAUGGAGGGCCGAUUCGACAGCGGGGCAUCGCUUGCCGACCCGGCGACGAUUUCGUUUGACGGCGCCGGCGGAUUCGGCCAGAUCGACGACGAGAUCCAGUGCGGCAUGGGCGGCGACUGGCCCGACGGCAACGUCAUGUCGGUGCAGAUGUACGACCAGGCGAACGAGGCCACCUUCGGGUUUGCCUCGAUCGGCAUGUUCGCCGACAACAGCGUCGACUCUGGACUGGAGGGCUUUGAGCCCCAGGGCAUGCCGCUGACGGGCGGACAGGACUGCUAGAUGGAUGGAUGGAUGGAUGCAGUGGCAGCAACCAAUGGAUGCAGUGUGAUUUAUUUACCUCGACGCCAUUCCUUUAGGGCCCGAAGUUGGGCCAUCCAGUAAAAGAGCCCGCUGUUGGAGGAUUGAAUCCCGGGCAGUUUUUGCAGAUCAGUCUUGACAAAUUCAAG